AUGUCAUUGACUUCAGCGGAGCCCCUGUUGGCGCUGUUGAAAGAACAGGACGAUUCUGUUAAAAGUUAUGCAUUGAAAUCCAUCAAUGAUGUGGUCGAUGUGUUGUGGUCUGAGAUUUCUAAUGGAAUCGCUGAAAUCGAGGCGCUGUACGAUGAUGGAGCGUUUCCCGAUAGACAAAUGGCAGCACUGAUCGCCUCGAAGGUGUAUUACAACCUAGGAGAGUACGAGACCGCGGUAAGGUUUGCAUUAGCUGCUGGAGAUUGCUUUGAUAUGGACGAGAAAUCUCAAUAUGUUGAAACAAUAGUGUCUCAAAGUAUUGAAAUGUACAUUAGACAGUCCAAACAGCGUUAUGAGAGCCGGGAUGUUGAAGUCGAGGAUGAUGAGAAACUGAAGGCUGUUUUUGAGAGAAUGAUAUCAAAAUGCGUGAACGCUGGUGAAUUUAAGCUGGCACUAGGAAUCGCUCUGGAAGCUUUUAGACAAGAUUUAGUUGAAGAGAUUUUGCAUUCGAGGCUGGACCAGGACUCUGAAGCGAAUGCUCUGAAGCUGAUCAAUUAUGUGUUGACGGUAACUACGACAAUCAUCGGCAGUAGUGAGUUUAAAGCGAGCUUACUGAAGGCAUUAUUCGAUGUUGUGACUGAUAUGAAGUCCCCCGAUUACUUUACCGUUUCAAAGAUUGUGGUAAAUUUGAACGAUUCGUCAUUGGCUGUUAGGCUAUUCGAGAAUUUGAACCGCCAUGAAGAUAUUCAAGUAUCUUACCAAAUUGCAUUUGACCUUGUUUCUUCAGGCCCCCAGGAAUUGCUAGAUUCACUGUCGGACGAAUUGUCGGCAAAGGAUUACGACUCAAGAUUGCUAGACAUUUUAUCUGGCCUACCGACGUGCGACUACCAUAAUACUUUUCUGUUAAAAAAUAAAAACAUUGACAUUGGAUUAUUAAACAAGUGCAAAUCUUCCCUAGAUGGGAAGUUCUCAUUAUUCCAUACUGCCGUGAGUGUGGCAAAUGGGUUUAUGCAUGCCGGUACGACCGACAAUACAUUUAUAAAGACGAAUCUAACCUGGCUAGGCAAAGCUCAAAACUGGGCCAAAUUUACAGCAACGGCUUCAUUGGGUGUCAUCCAUAGGGGUAACCUUUCGGAUGGGAAGAAAAUAAUGGCACCCUAUUUGCCUGGGAGCCGGUCCACUUCUCGUUAUAUCAAGGGUGGCUCGUUAUACGCCCUGGGGUUGAUUUAUGCGGGGUUUGGUAGAGACAUCAUCGACUAUUUGAAGUCAAAUAUUGUUGAAAACAGUUCGGCUACCGGCGACGAAGACAUUGAUGUGUUGCUGCAUGGCGCUUCUUUAGGUAUCGGUCUUGCUGCAAUGGGUUCAGCAAGCAUAGAGGUGUAUGAGUCGUUAAAGGAGGUGCUGUAUAAUGAUUCUGCGGUCUCGGGUGAAGCUGCUGCAAUGGGUAUGGGGCUAACGAUGUUAGGAACUGGUAACGAGUCCGCCGUUCAUGACAUGUUGACUUAUGCACAGGAAACUCAGCAUGGUAAUAUCACGCGUGGUCUGGCGGUCGGCUUGUCCUUGAUCAGCUAUGGCCGUCAGGAGAAGGCUGACAGUUUAAUUUCAAGCAUGUCAGGUAGUGAAGAAGCGCUGCUGCGUUAUGGUGGAGCUUUUACUGUUGCUUUAGCUUAUGCAGGUACUGGAGACAAUAAGGCUGUUAAGAGGCUGCUUCACAUUGCAGUGUCCGAUUCUAAUGAUGAUGUUAGAAGAGCCGCUGUCAUUGCAUUAGGUUUUGUUCUAAUUCGCGAUUACACAACUGUUCCCCGUAUUGUUGAGCUACUGUCGAAAUCACACAACGCGCAUGUCAGAUGUGGUACGGCAUUCGCUCUUGGUAUCGCAUGCGCUGGUAGGGUACUGCCAUCCGCCAUCGAAGUCUUAGAACCUUUGACGAAGGAUCCUGUCGACUUCGUUCGUCAAGCGGCCAUGAUUGCUUUAUCCAUGAUCCUGAUACAGCAAACUGAUAAAUUAAACGCAAAGGUAUCCGAAAUUAAUCAGAAUUUCUUGAGCGUUGUAACAAACAAGCACCAAGAAGGGCUGGCAAAGUUUGGAGCUUGUGUGGCUCAAGGUAUCAUGAAUGCUGGUGGGCGAAAUGUAACAAUUCAUCUGGAGAAUACGGAAAUGGGAACUUUGGACACGAAAUCCAUCGUGGGACUGGCUAUGUUUUCACAGUUUUGGUAUUGGUUUCCGCUUGCACACUUCUUAUCCCUCUCUUUUACUCCAACUACCGUAAUUGGGGUUCGUGGAUCAGAUCUCAGUAUUCCUAAGUUUGAGCUUAAUUGUCACGCUAAGCAAGACAUUUUCGGCUAUCCAAAGAUGUAUGAGGAGGCAGCAGACAAGGAAGUUGAGAAGGUUGCUACAGCGGUUCUAUCGACCACAGCUAGGGCCAAAGCAAGAGCGAAGAAGACUAAGAAAGAAAAAGAUCAAAGUGAGGAUGAUAAAUCUUCGAGGGAUAGGGAAGAGGAUAAACAAGAGCCGACCAAAGAACGGGAUAAUAAAGACAAGGAGGACGAGCCUAAUAAAGUUAAAUACUCUGCCAAGCCUUACAAAGUCGAGAAUAUGUCCCGUAUACUGCCCCAGCAAGCCAGAUACAUCUCCUUUAACAAGGAUGAUCGUUUCAUCCCUAUCCGUAAGUUUAAAGGGGUGAACGACAUCAUGAUUGUGACUGAUAAAAGUCCUAAUGAGCCUGUAGAGCUGAUUGAAACCGUGAGGCAGACCAAAGACAUAAAUGCGCCUCUUCCUACCCCAUUCAAAGUGGAGGACGAUUUGAACUAUCCUAACGUAUAG